GUAGGCAUGUAAAACGAUUCGCUCCCCACAACACGUUGUGCAGGGCUUCGGCUGACAUCUGUUGUCGAUAGCUAUCGCUAGUCUUCUCAUUCUAUACUUCGCACAAAGUAAGUCGGAGCCAUGGGGAAAGGCUGCAUCACGGCGACCAAGUACUUCCUGUUCCUGUUCAAUCUCCUCUUCUUCCUUUCUGGCGCCCUGAUUUUGGGGUUCGGAUUAUGGGUUCUCCUGGACAACCAGAGCUUCAUCGCCGUUCUGCAGGACUCCUCCACGUCUCUGAAGGUGGGCUCCUAUAUCCUCAUCGGCGUGGGCUCCAUGUCCAUGCUCAUGGGCUUCCUGGGCUGCAUCGGCGCCAUCUACGAGAUCCGCUGCUUGCUGGGCCUGUACUUCACCUGCCUCCUGCUGAUCCUCAUCGCCCAGGUGACAGCGGCCGUGCUCAUCUACUUCCAGCGGGACCUGCUGAAGAGCGAGAUGGCCAACAUCAUGAACAAGAUCAUCGUGGACUACACCGGGCAGAACAAGACGACGGACGUGGCCUGGGACUACAUCCAGAGAACAAUCCAUUGCUGUGGCUGGACAGGGCCUAGUAACUGGACUGAGAACACUCUGAUCAAGAACAGCACCCAGAUGCUGUACCCCUGCUCCUGCCGAAACACGUCCCUUCCCGGUGUAGACGUCAAGGAAAGCGGCCUGUGUGAGACACUGUCCCCGGAGUGGCCCGUCUACAGCACGGGCUGUGUCUCCAGUGUGGAGAACUGGCUAUUCAACAACUCCGGAGUUAUUCUUGGAAUCUGCGCAGGGGUUGCGGUCAUCGAGCUGCUGGGGAUGAUCCUGUCCAUGUGCCUGUGUAAGAGCGUACACCAGGAGGACUACACCAAAGUGCCCAAGUACUGAGGGUGGAAGAUGGAGCGUCACACACAGCCCACACCGUGCCAAUCUCUGCCUCCUCCACCCCUCCCCAUCUCAGAGACCCGAACAAGAGAUCUCCUGCUCUCUCUCUGCCUCAGAUACACCUGACUCCCCACCCCCCCACUUGCCCACUUGCUUUCCGCCAGACACAAACAAUGAUUUGUAUUGUCAGGAAGUUAGUUACAUUAUUACAAAAGCAAAUGUAAAGUGUUGGAGUUUUCCCUGUGGUGAAGCUGCAUCCAUUUAGGAAAAAUGUUCUUUUUGAGAAUGUUUAAACUUCAUUAGUUCACUCUGGCCCUGCCUUUGGACCUCAGUUUUUGCUGAACCCCUCAUCUCAUGGGAUGCCACUGUGUAUAUUGAGUAUAAUUUGAAAUUCAUGGGUCUUUUUGAAAUAUUGUAAUGUACAUAUAGGUAAAAAAAAAAUUACCACCCAAGACAGAUGAAGGAUCAAGAGAAUAACCAGGUGAUCAUCACCUACUUACAUCUGCUUAAAUUCUGCAUAUAUGAAGCUGAUGUGUGGUUUGCUCUGUUUGUUGUUAUUAUUAUUUUUUUUUUAACGUUGUUCUUGGAAGCGCUUCUUAUUUUAGUUGGUAGGUCGGAUUCCUGAGAGCACUUUAGCCAAUUGUUGUGAGCUGUUGAUCAGUGACGCAGAGACCAGGAGGAGGGUGUGGCCACGUGGUCAGGAGGAGGGAGGGGUCGGAGGUGGGGCACCGAGGCUCUUAAUAGCUGGGUGUCCCAAUCCCGCGAGCGCCCUGCGUAUUUUUAGUAAAGGGAGGGGGAGGCCCCUGGCAAUAGCUUGGUUGGAACAGGGCAGGGUCGCCUGGCGGCUUUUGUGGUCAUCAUGGUGGCCCCCCCCCCGUACAUGGGACACACCCCUUCCUGCAGCGCUCGGGUAAGGGAAGGGGCCUCUUUCAACCCCCCCCACCGAGCCAACGCAGAACCCACUGGUGCCGCCUCGCAACACUAAGUCACCCUGUGGCCCGUCUCCCCAGGCUUUACAAUAAGGGCUUCCUUCAGCCUGCGUGUCUUUAGGUACCAGCUCCUGUUGGCUGGUGACAGUGCACCCUGUCUGUCAAUGGAAGCAGCAGUCUUACAACAUCACCCUCCCUGUCUGGGCUAGCGCCUUCCUGGAUGGUCUCUGAAAGAGUUAGAAUACCCAAAACUAUACAUUUGCAUGAAGUUUUUUUUCCAUUUUGCAUUAAUGUGCGUGCUGUUCUUGUUUUUGUUUUUGUGCGUUUUUACCCGUCUCUUUUUAUAAUUGUAUAUAUAAGUCUAGUUAGGAAUUAAUGGUCGUCUGAUCGUCUGACAUUAUGGUCAGCAUUUUAUAUGGGAAAGCGGUUGCCCGCCAAUUGUUUUGUUUUUUUUUUUUUUUUUGAGAAGCUAUUGUUCUUUUUCCACACUUUUUUUCAUGAUGUACAGAGUUUUGGCUCUUUGAGUGUUUCGUCAGCAGUAUUUUGGAUAAAAUAACAAAUUGAAGCCUAGCUAUAAGUUGCCAGUGGUAACUGCCAAUGGAAAUUUGUCUUGCUCUCCCAAAUGUCUCCUCCAUUGAAGCCAGCAACCUCACAAUAUCAACCUUGCAUUCCACAACUCCCCACAUGGAGUCAGUUGGUCAGGUUUUACUUCAGAAACACUGCUACUCAUUACUCAAGUGUGCAAGUAGUUUUUCCUUUGCAUGCAUAUUGAUUCCAUAAGGGCUGUUGCUCUAGUGACAGAGGUGGAUUAUUAAGUGAAAUUUCUGCAUAUGUACUUUCAUAAUGAUUGAUUUCAGUUUGCUUCUCCUGAAAUAUUCAUUGAAACAAGAUCAAUUCGUCUUAAUAUGAAGAGUGAAACGCAUGAAUGUAUGGUAGUCAGGGAAGUGAUAUCUUUGGAAGAAGAUGAUAUGUGGUUUGUUUAAAAUAUUGUCCCCUCUGUUUUUCAUUUGAGGUUUUUGUUUCUUUUUUUGUAUUUUUCAAAAAGCAGAUCCCCUUCGCAAUUUCCAGACUUGAAAGAACUGAAACAUCUUGUUCAGAAAGCUUUUCUGUACAGUGAGUCAUUAGAUUUAGAAUGAAGCUUGUGUUUUCUUAAUUGCUUUUACGUUUUUAUUUCAUAAAUGUAAAAAAAGUUUUCUUGGUUUUUAUUAAGAGGGGUAUGUUCCAAGAUCUAGGAGUACUUUGGAAACAAUAGGUCUCCUUUAAUAAACCUUUGUGUAUUUCUGUUUGGUAGAUGGAGCUCUUACAUUAAAGUGAACUGACACCAAUCACAUGGAUAGUCAUCAUUUUUACUUUAACAGGGACACUGAAAACCAGAUUGAGAUUGCUUAUACCAAGAUGUUUAUUUCUUAAGGUUUAAAUUUGUAA